AUGGAGCAAGAAAGAGAUUUCAUUCUUCGUCCUGCAGCUGAUCAAAAAUUCCGUGCUGACCAAGGGGAAUCUAUUCUCAAAAGGGUGAUGGAGAAUCAAUUAGCUGGUCAAACAUAUGACAAUAAUACUGUAGAGAUGUUAAGUCAAAGCGUUUCUGAAGAAAUACGUACUCAACUGAAAGGUUUACAUUUACCAAACUACAAGUACAUUGUCCAGGUGACAAUCGCAGAACAGAGAGGACAAGCAGCCAACAUAGUUUCACAGUGUUUUUGGGACUCUGAUUGUGAUGUUUUGGUUCAUCAUUUCUAUGAUAACGGUUCACUCUGGUCCAAAGCAGUUGUGUUUGCAGUAUUCCAUUAUUAA